UCCUACCUCUUUUGUAAGCUGAAAUCAAUUUCCUCUCUUCAAACCGAAAACGACAUUCUGAUACAAAUUCAGCUAUAUUACUGCAAAGUGGACGGACCACACAUACAGUGGUUAUCCAUUGAAGAGACUGGAUUGAACUAAAUCAUUCAACAAGUAUUAUUCAUCAAAAUAGCUAUGCAAGCAACCUCCCUCUCGGUUCCUUCUGUUCAAGAGUUAGUAAAACAAACCAUUACAAAAGUUCCAGAACGAUAUGUUCAAUCAAAUCAAGACCCUAUUAUUCUAUCUAACACAAAUUCUUUACCACAAGUUCCUAUCAUCGACCUGCAUAAAUUGUUGUCCGAUGAUACAACCGAGUUAGAAAAGCUCGACCAUGCUUGCAGAGAAUGGGGUUUCUUCCAGCUGAUUAACCAUGGAGUCAACACUUCACUUGUUGAAAACAUGAAGAUAGGUGUUGAACAAUUUUUCAAUGUUCCAAUGGAAGAGAAGAAGAAGAAAUUUUGGCAAACACCAAAUGAUAUACAAGGGUUUGGUCAGUUGUUUGUUGUAUCUAAUGAACAAAAGCUUGAUUGGGCAGACAUGUUCUAUAUCAACACUUUGCCUUUAGACUCAAGGCAUCCGCAUCUAAUUCCCAACAUUCCACAACCAUUCAGAGAUCAUCUAGAGAUAUAUUGCUUAGAACUGAAAAACAUAGCUGUUACAAUAAUUGGCCUUAUAGAGAAAGCCCUUAAGAUUAAAGCCGGCGAGUUAGUAGAGUUAUUCGAAGAUGUUUGUCAAGGAAUGAGGAUGAAUUUCUACCCUCCUUGUCCCCAACCAGAAAAUGUUAUUGGAAUAUAUCCUCAUUCCGAUAUUGGAGCCUUAACCAUUCUUCUCCAAGCGAAUGAAAUCGAAGGUCUUCAAAUAAAAAAAGAUGGACGGUGGAUUUCAAUUCAACCCCUCCCUAAUGCUUUUGUCUGCAACAUUGGAGACACGUUAGAGGUCAUUACGAAUGGAAUUUACCGAAGCAUCGAGCAUCGAGCAAUAGUGAAUCCAAAGAAGGAGAGGAUCUCUAUUGCUACAUUUCAUAGGCUUAAUAUGAGCAGAGUUAUAGGUCCGACACCAAGCCUUAUUUCUGUUGAAAGACCUGCAGUGUACAAAACAAUUGGUGUGGCUGAUUUCUUUAAUGGAUACCUGUCUCGCAAGCUAGAAGGGAAAUCAUAUUUGGAUGCUUUAAGGAUUGAAAAUGAGAUUGGUAAAUAGUUUAAGUGUUGAGGAUUUUCUUUAAGAGAAUAUUAAAAUGCAGAACAAGUACAAAGAAAAGUAAUGGAACAAACAGAGAUAAAAUGUGCAACAAUUGUGACAACGAAUAUGUAUGUAGUAUGUACUCACUGUUUAAAGUUUCAUGCCUGGAACAUCGAAUAUAUGCACAUAUAGAUUUUUGUUC